CAUAACCUUAAAGAUUAAACUAAAAUAAUAAACAAACUCGAACCUUGACAUAACCUUCGGUGAUUCCUUGAACACGCUUGUAUCACUGGUUAAUAGCGAUUCUAAAUUAUGAUAAUAAACCGUUCAUUUAGAUUAACUCUUUUCAGUCUAUUUAAAAUCAAUCAGCUUCGUAAAACACAUACUUUUGAAACAGUCAGAGUACGAUUUGCUCCCAGUCCAACAGGCUAUUUACAUUUAGGAGGCCUUAGAACGGCUUUAUAUAAUUAUUUAUUCGCAAAAUCUCAUAAUGGCGCGUUCAUACUUAGAAUUGAAGAUACGGAUCAAACGCGGAAAGUUGAAGGAGCUCUAGAGGCCCUUGUGAGCGACCUGGAAUGGGCCGGAAUCGUGUGCAAUGAAGGCCCGGGUACUGGUACCUACGGUCCGUACGUACAGAGUGAGAGAUUAAAUAUUUACCAAGAACACAUAAAAUUACUUUUAGAAAAUGGUUCAGCUUACAAAUGUUUUUGUACUGAGAGAAGAUUGAAUAUACUACGCAGAGAUGCUAUCAGAUCACAACGGAUACCAAAAUAUGAUAAUAGAUGUAGAAAUCUGUCACAUACAGAGAUUUCGGAAAAAAUGAAAGCCGGGACUCCCUAUUGUAUCAGGUUUAAAUUAACAUCAGACUGCCAAUCUUUUGAAGAUUUAAUCUAUGGAGGAAUAGCUUACGAUGUUUCCCUAAAUGAAGGAGAUCCUGUGCUUAUGAAGAGUGAUGGCUUUCCUACGUAUCAUUUUGCAAAUGUAGUUGAUGACCACAUGAUGAAGAUAACACAUGUUCUGAGGGGUGUUGAGUGGCAAAUAUCUACUACCAAACAUUUGUUGAUUUACAGAGGCUUCGGCUGGACUCCGCCAUUGUUUGGUCACUUACCGUUGAUAGUCAACUCGGACGGCACGAAGUUAAGUAAACGACAGAGCGACGUCAAAGUUGAGGAUUACAGGAAUAAAGGUAUAUUGCCAUUGGCGUUGGUGAAUUACAUAACCCUGUCAGGUGGUGGUUUUGAUCACGUGUCAGGCGCUGGAAUUCGUUUGAGGACAAUGGAUGAACUGACCCAAGAGUUUAAAAUUGACAAGAUUUCUUCACACCCGAGUCGUCUAAACCCUGAUCUUUUAGAAGAAUGUAACAGAUUAGAUAUGAAACGUUAUUUAAAACAGCCGAAUUUGUCAGGACAAUUAGUAGACAAACUAAAACAAUUGGUAAAGAAGACCUACCCUGAUCAUCAAACGGAUUUGUCUGAGGAGAACAUCGCGAGCGUCCUAACCUGGGCCACUUCGAGAGUGACAAGGAUAGAAGAUUUAUUGACACCGAAGUACGGCUUCCUAUGGAUUCUACCGUCGAGUAGUGUAGACAUGGAUGAAGCUUUGCUUCGGAAGUUGGUUGAUGAAUUAGUAAAAAUAAGGUCCUUCGAUGAGGAUUCUUUGAAGGGGUUUUUGAAGGCAUUCGCCGAGGACAACGGUGUUAAAUUUCCAUUAUUAAUGAAGAGUCUUAGAGCAGUGUUGAGUGGCCUCAAAGAGGGACCCGGCGUAGCAGAAAUGAUGGAAUUAUUAGGAAAGGAUCGGUCUUUAGAAAGAAUUAAAGCAGUUUUGAGAUAG